AACUUUGCAGUGAGUUUUGCCUCAGUGACGAGGCACAGAUCUCUCUCUAGGCCCGAAAAUUCAUCGCCCUCGCACCGGCCCUCGAAUACUGCCCAUGCAUGCUCAGUCAUGCAUCUCGUGUCGCGACCUCCCACCCCAGUCCAUUCUUUACCAUCUUGCAAUCGGCCGCUGGUCGUGCUUGGAACAGGACAAGACCACAGCGCGUUCUACGUUACAGUACGGUGCAGACAAAGAAUGUCGGUAACCCUGGCGAGUCUUCAAAGGCACCAGCUAUAAAGAUUGGUCGUGGCUCGCGAAGAUAUUCACAAAGCCUGUCGGCUCAGACGUCCGAAGAACAUACUGUUCAACAGUGCUUUCCGCAAACCUCUGUCAAUGCGUUUGAUCUCUUGGAGGAUGGUGAUGCCAACCAAUCUUCUCACUAUGCCUACACUUCGCGCUCGCCAUUACACCGUCUCCAAGACGACUCAAGAAUCCGUGACCAUCCACCUCAUGAGGAGGUACCUCCAGCGUGGCACCCACAUUUAUCCCGAGACACACCAUCGUCAUCGUCUUCAGCUACCACAACGACACAAGAUGAUGACCCGCCGGGAUCAUCAGACGCGUCGAUUCCCAAACUAUUGCAGGUCCAGCCUAUAGAUGGCCAAGGGUUGCUGCCUCGUACACCACAAGAUCUCUACGAAGGUCUUUUGCGGCUCCUUCAAAGCGAUCCUCCGCCCCCGUUACCUAGUCUCAUACGAUACCACGCGACAUACAGGUCGCUUCAAUCGACCCAAUCCUAUAAUUUGCUAAUAUCACUCUCGAUUUUCCAUGCCAGUUUUGGUACGGCUCGAAAGCUGCUCAAUCGAAUGGAGUUCCAGAACAUCGAACCUGACUUGGAGACGAGGAAAUUGCGAGUACGGUUGCUAGUGCGAACUGGCAAUUGGAGUCGAGCAUGGCGAUUAGAGACUUCCACAAUGCACAACACGGAGUUUCCUUUACCUUUCCCUGUUUGGGCCGAAUUCUUCGGGACAACCAAACGAGGCACCCUUCGUCGGCUAAGAACAUUGGCUCUGCCCAGUGGCGAGACUGUUUCCAAUUUGGUGCCCGUUUCACCGGCGGAAACGGAGAAUCCUCACACAAAUGUACACCUGAGACGAUUCCGUAUUCUUAUGGAACAUCUUCCGAACGACCAACUAUAUCGAGUCGAUGACGUUCCGGCUCGUUUUAUACGUACUAUCGUGGACGCAGCUCUGAGUCUCGACCAGCCGGAGUACGCUAGAAAACUCACUGAGCACUACUUUCGGAACCUACCUCGUGAAUUGGAUGAUGCAUGGCUCGAUGUCUGUCUCGAGAUAAUCCACCUCCACAUGGUUCGCGUUAAGAAGCGUGGCCUCCCCAAUUACUAUACCUCGAUGAGGAUAUUGUACAACUAUUUGGCUUUGCAUCCUCAAUUCCGCCCUACCUCGAAAACUCUUUUCCUUCUCCUCCGACCACUCCGAGCGACGAAGAACGGCGGUUCUUUCGGCCAACGCGUUGUCAAUUCGUUCAAGGCACGUUGGGGCCCCGACGUAAUUGAUGACAGCGUUACCAGACGAGUCGCUUCGUUCGCGGUGAAGGAGGGUAGAUUGGACAUCGCACAAGCCGCGUUGGCAGAAGAACCAUUGCCUGGGCAUACUGGUCGGACAUCCUUGGCUGACUCAGACGCGAGAACCUCGUCGGAGGUCGGGGCCUCUCGGACAAUACAAGGUCGAUGGCAUAGAUCGAUUUACUCUAGGAGGAAUGUAGAGAGAUGGAGAUGGAGAUUACUUCGGCGACAAGUUUGGCGUUUGGCAAGAAAGAAGCUCUCGGUCAAACAAUCUAUGUAGUAUGUCGGGACUUGGUGGGAGGUCCUGCACAUAUUGUACGAACCAACGAACACGCUGAGCAUUCAACUUUUCUCAUUCCAUACGUCGCAUUCCAGUCCCGACCGUCUUGUGCAAUGAUUCUACACGUAAAAUGAAACCGGACACUCGGAGUUCAACGUUCAGGCUGAGAACGAAAAAGUCGGAUGUUGAACAACGGGAUGGUUGUGAAACUUUGAAGUAUCAUUCGAUUGAAUGCCUCUUCGAUGAUGCGCUCAGGCAUGUAUCGUCAGUUGCUUACAAGAUUUAGCCUUUGACAGACCUAGAUUCUCAAGAUUAUGUCUGCAUAAGUACCUGUCACUGACCCAAAGAACGCUGUAACUGACGCAAUGUUCCUAACCGCCGCCGGUAAAUUGCAUGAAUGCAGUUAGAGUCGCAUUUGUCUGUCGAUCAAGACAGCAACUGGCCUGAGGAUCCGCGAGUAAGUGAGGACGGACUCUGCUUCCCUCGACGCCGAAGCCUGCCGUUGUCAAGGACAAGCCAGCCAACAGACGUAACUGUUUAGAUCAU